CUCCUUCGUAGUUUUCAUCCGCCAUCUUUGAUACUUAUAACAAUACCAUGAUGCACUUCGUGUUCAACACUAUGAAAGCAGUUCUUGCUGAAAAGGGCCCAAAAAACAUCAACGAAGUCCCUACCGUGGCUAUAGUUGGCUCAGGCGGGGGAUUUCGCGCCAUGACAGCGUUGAGUGGGACAUUUUGCGCUCUCAAGGACAUUGGAAUCGCGGAUUGCUCCAUGUACUUUGCAGGAUUGUCAGGAUCUUCAUGGUACAUCUCAACACUUUACUCUAAUCCUCACUGGCCUAAGAUUCACCCUGUAGARGUCAACAAAGAAAUCCGAGCUUGUGUGGCUAAGAACUGGGUUCGUCUUCUCUUUACGCCGUCCUGGCUCUACAAGCGUGUAUCAGCCAUCUUGGAAAAACAACGACGAGGAGAGCCAGUUAGCUUUACGGAUCUUUUUGGCUAUCUCAUCGGAGAUACUUUACUUGUUAAUCGAKACAAUCCCUUGUUAAGCAGUCAGCAGAAGACUUUCGAAGAUGGCACUAUACCAAUGCCUUUGUAUGCGUGUGUCCACGUCAAGAAGGAUGUCAGCGCUGAAGUUUUUAGUGAAUGGGUAGAAUUGUCACCGUUUGAAGUCGGCAUGUUAAAGUAUGGAACGUAUCUCACACCAGAAAAUUUUGGAAACAAGUAUUUUUGUGGUGUUUGCGUAGCUGAAUAUCCUGAGCCUCCUUUACACUUCAUACAAGGUUUUUGUGGCAGUGCGUUUACAAUCCUAAUGCAACGAAUACUUCACGAUCCUGCGGGAGCAAAACAGCACAUCGAAGAAUUGAAAUCACAUGGAGACGAUGGCCAGAAAGCAUUAAAGGACCAUAUUUGUUCGUCAGCCACUGAUCACGUGGACARUGAGGAAAGUGAUGACGAAACGGAUGACGUCAAAACUCCCAAACAGACUUCUGAGCAACAAAAUGACACAGAAAAAGAAAUAAGUGACGAAAGUACAUUGGAUCAAAUCACGAAUUACAUCGUCGAUAAAGUUAGCUUUUUGAAAACGCGCGAUGGUCGAGCUGCUCAGAUUCAUAACUUCUUGCGAGGAAUGGACCUGGUGUUUAACCCGAAAGAUCAUGCCAAAGACGAAAUCGCCAUCAAGAAACUAACCGCGUCAUCUCAAAGCAAACGCAUGAUGGUCUGUGAUGCUGGACUGGUGUUCAACAGCCCUUUUCCUUUACUGCUGCGGACAGACAGACAAGUUGACAUAUUUCUGUCUUUUGAUUACAGCUUCCAGUUGUUGUUCGCUGUUUUGAGCAUGCUAUAUCGGUAUUUCUAG